AACUAUAGCGAGUUUGGGGUUCGCUACCAAAGCAGGCUUGUAUUAUGGACUCCUCCGGAGUAGGACGAGGCAGAGGGGCUGUUGUCCCCGCCUGGCUUGCGCAGCAGCAGCAACAGCAUGCACAUGCGCCAGGCCAUGGCUCAGAACAUGGCGGACCGGAGCCUGCAGAUUUGCAAACAAAGUUGUCCGACCUCGACGAAGAUAGCCAGCGGCAGUUGCUGGGCGAGCAAGAGGAAGCGGCUCGGGAGGCGUUGAGACCUCACAAACGCGCGCAUGAGGAGGAUGCCACCGAGGGGUCGCAGGACGCCGGCCAGCUCAAGGAGAAGCUGUUGAAGAUGUCUCACGACCUGCGGCCAGCCGGGGCCGCCGCAGGCGGCGAUGCCGGCGAGUCCUUGUCUGGAGGCGCGGCAGUGGCAGCUGGCGCUCAUGAGCGGGGCCUGGGCGACUGGACCAACUACCAGCCACCCAGUGCGGUGCUAGCGGCCAUUGCGGCCAAGUCAGGGGCACCGCCGCCGCGGCCUCCAGGGCCGCCACCGCUGCCCCGGCCACCAGGGCCGCCGCCGCUGCCGCGCCCGCCUGGCCCGCCGCCGCUGCCAGCAGGUGCGCGCCCGCCGGGGCCGCCGCCACUGCAGCCACCAUCGCACUACGGCCACCCGCCUGCACACCCAGCCGCGGAAGCGCCGUCUUCAACUGCGACCAUGAUGCUGCCGCCGCCGCCCCGACCUCCUCAGCCGCCGCAGCAGCAGCCGGCCACGGAGGCUGCUGGUGCCGGUGGCAGCAAGAGCUUGGAUAACCUGCCGCCGGCGCUGCGCGCUCGCCUCCUAGCCCGCGGCGUGAUCUCGGACGCGUCUCCGCAGCCGCCGCAGCAGCCGCCGCAGCUUGAAGCACCAGCGCACGCCAACGGUGCACGGCCACCGUUGGCGCCGCCGCCGGGGCCGCCGCCGGUGGUGCGCGCGCACUACUCCUCCGCGCCGGCGCCGCCCACGCCGUCGCUGGCAGAGGAGCCGCUGCUGCCGGGCUGGUACGAGGCGGUGGACCCGCGGCAUGCGCGCUCCUACUUCUACAACCCCACCACCGGCGAGCGGUUGUGGCUGCGGCCCAUUAAGUCGCUGCCGCGCGGCUGGGCCUUCGGCACCUGCCCCGCCACCGGCGUCACCUACUACUACAACCCCAGGACGGGCGAGCGCACGUGGUCCAAGCCCGUGCAACAGGACUUCCUGCCCUCGCCGUCCUUUAUCGGGGCCAAGGCCGGAUACGUGUUCAAGAAGGGGCCGCAGGGGGUGGGCUACUAUGUUGACGACCCCGCGCGCGCGCUGGCGGAGGCGCGCGCCGCCGCCGCCACCACCCGUGCCGGCCCCGCAUCCAUUGGUCCGACGCCGCGCGGCGGGGCCUUCGCUGACGAGGACGGCGACGGCGGCGCGCGCAAGAGCCGGCUAGAGGCCAUUGCGGAGGAGCAGCGGCGGCGCAAUGAGGCGCGCGGCAAGGUGCCCAAGAACAAGAAGGUGGACGAUGAGCUGGACCCCAUGGACCCGGCCGCCUACUCGGACGCGCCCCGCGGCGGUUGGUCCACGGGUCUUGAGGGCAUCGCCGCCGCCGACUCAACUGCUGGUGGGCCACUGUGGCAGUCGCGGCCCUACCCCGCGCCGGGCUCCGUGCUGCGGUCCAACAAGAAGGCCAUUGACGGCAGCGGUUGAUGGAUGGCGUUUGAGGGGAUUCAUGGGUUCUAAGCCUCAAGUUCGGGGGGCGCAAGCUGGGCACAGGGCUAGGGGCUGGGGGCGUGUACGUACCAGGAGGGAACCGGGCUGGGCACAGGGGCAUGGCUUGAGGCGCUGGAAGCGCGGGCUGCUUAUCGCGCCCGCAUGCAGCCGGGCGCUGAGCUGGCGCUGUGUGGGAGGCAGAGGCGGCGGGUAUGGUAACACAGGGUAUGCUUGGGAAUGCCCUGAGUGUGCAGUUAGGUGUCUAGAUCGCAUCGAUUACAAGGAGGGCCUAUUGACGUGGGUUGCUAGCGAUAUCCUAGGGAGUUGUGUGAAGGCGUAGUAUCCCUGAAAUUGACAGCCGCCGCCGCCACUUCACAAGGCCUCGCACUGAAGUGAGCAACAUCACCGUGUAAUGGGCCACCAAC